UGCAGGUAUCGUCAUCGUCGGAAGAUAAGUUGACCAUGGUGUAAUCGCGGAAUGACAGAUAUCGGCAAUCAGCAACCGACAGAGUGGAAAGUGGGAUGGCGUUGAGUGAAAGUAUAAAGCUCAUGAGCUGGUCAAUUCCUUGCACUUUAGCCAAGUCCGAGGUAACGACCAAAUUGACGAACUUCAGGGUCCGCUAUCAUGUGGUCGAAAGCAUACACUCUCGUGCUGCUCGUGGACAGUCUCCUCCCUUCAGUUUCCUCAUCCCCACUACAACCCAACACCUCACCGAAUGUGUUUCCCAACACCGACCAAUGGCCUCUCGCCACCGUUGGCAAGGCACUCGAGCAGCAGCUCCCCGAUGUUGACCUACAAGUCAUUCUCGCUCAGGUCUCCCGUGCCAACAUCGAGGCUACAGUCAGGAAGCUCGCCUCCUUUGGUACCCGGCACACGCUUUCGAGUCAGACUGACCCCAAUCGCGGCAUCGGUGCAGCUCGUGACUGGCUUACCUCUCAAUUCAAAGCCGCGGCGGCGGCAAGCAAUGGCUCGAUGGGUGUGGCGUGGAACAGCUUCAUCAAGUAUCCUGGCGACAAUGAGCGCAUCAUUUUCCCUGUCAACAUCACAACCGUGGUUGCAACUCUGACGGGAAGCGAGGAUCCCAAGCGGUUGUAUGUUGUUGGCGGACACUACGAUUCGAGAAACAGUGAUCCAGUAGACUACGAGGGAGAUGCGCCUGGUGCCGUUGAUGAUGCGUCCGGCGUAGCAGUGUCUUUGGAGCUAGCCCGCAUCUUCGCAACGUACAAGCCCAAAGCUUCAAUUGCAUUCACAGCCUUUGCAGGGGAGGAGCAAGGUCUCCUGGGCGCCGAGAACCUCGCAAAGACCUACAAGAACAGUUCGACCAACGUCGCUGCCAUGAUCAAUCUCGACAUGGUCGGCAACUCCAAGGCCGAAGACGGUACUUCCGACCCUUACAACAUCCGACUCUUCUGCCAAGGCACGCCUCUGACCGAGAACUCCACAAUCAUGACCUCUCGUCUCAGCAUCGGCGGCGAAAAUGAUAGUCCAUCACGCAACUUGGGGCGCCACAUCUACGAAGUUGCAUCCAACGCCUUCACCCAGAUGACAGUACGCCUCAUAUACCGUCUCGACCGCUAUGGCCGUGGUGGUGAUCACCGACCUUUCCUCGAAUCCGGUUUCAACGGUGUGCGCUUCGUGCAAGCGAACGAGGACUACACGCAACAGCACCAAGACGUUCGGGUUCAGGGUGGCAAGCAGUAUGGUGAUCUGGUAGAGUUCCUGGACUUUGAAUACAAUGCCCGCGCUGCUAAGGUUGUAGCGAGCACAAUGUGGAGUCUUGCGAAUGCGCCGGGCGAGCCAACGAAUGUCGGCAUCAACACGACUGCCAGUGACAACUUCAGUCAGUUCAAGUGGACCACUCCGGUUGGACUGAAGCCGGAGGGGUAUGAAAUUGUCUACAGAGAGACUAUUGAGCCACAUUGGACGAGUGUGAUCGAUGUCGGCAAUGUCAAUUGGUACAAUCUGACAAGCGCGACUAUACAUAAGGACAACGUCAUCUUUGGCGUUCGAAGCGUCGGGAAGGGUGGGUACAGGAGUCCGGCUGUCUUGCCGUUUCCCUUUGGGGUCGUGGGCAGUCUCUGCGGACCAUGGUUGGAAUGCGAUCAUAUUGCGACUGUGUCUGUAGAACCCCCAGAUCUCAACCAAAACAUUUCUCGAACUCAACCUUGA